CCAAACUUUCAAACAUUUGUUCAAUUCAAUUCAUAGUGCAGUUGUUGGAAGAUGGAGGAGGCCAAGGUGGUUUUGUUAGGCUCAAGGUUCAGUAUGUUUGGGAUGAGAGCUAAGAUAGCUUUGGCUGAGAAAGGAAUAAAAUAUGAGUACAUGGAAGAAGAUCUCACCAACAAGAGCCCCUUGCUUCAAGAAAUGAAUCCAAUUUACAAGAAAAUUCCAGUUCUCAUACAUCAUGGAAGACCAAUCUGUGAGUCCCUCAUCAUUGUUGAGUAUAUUGACAUGGUUUGGCACAACAAUUCUCCUUUGCUCCCCUUGGAUCCCUACCACAAAGCACAAGCCAAGUUCUGGGCUGAUUUUGUAGAUCAGAAGGUGUAUCAUGCUUCUAAGAGAGUGUGGAUUUCUAAGGGAGAUGAGCAAGAGGUGGCAAAGAAGAACUUUCUAGAGAGCUUGAAGCAUUUGGAGGAGUUUCUUGGAGACAAACCUUAUUUUGGUGGAGAAACAUUUGGGUUUGUUGAUGUUGCCCUCAUUCCUUUCUAUUGCUGGUUUUAUACCUAUGAGACCUUUGGCAAUUUCAAAGUGGAGGCAGUGUGUCCAAAACUGAUCUCCUGGGCUAAGAGAUGCAUGCAAAAACAAAGUGUAUUUGAAACUCUUGCAGAUGAAAAGGAGGUCUAUGAGGCUGUUUUGGAUUAUAAGACAAAAUUUAUAUUGAAUUAAGGUAACUCUAUAGAUGUUUAUUGAAGAUGUAAGAAUUUGCCUGUAUGAGAUACACUUUUUUUUUGCUGUUGCAACAGAUUCUGCUAUUUGCUUCUGUUUUA